CCCUUCACCUCCGCCCUCGCGCACCAAGCAGCGUCAUUCGCCAUGCUGCGCCGCUCGGGUCUCUCGCGCCUGGCCGUGGCGCACGUUGCCGGCGCAGGCACAGGCGCAGGCGUACGCCGCAGCGCCGUGCUGUCCGCGCUGCUGCCGUCUUGCAAAGGGCGGCACAGCAGCAGCAGCAGCAGCAGCAGCUCGUUUUCGACCAGCGGCACCCGCACCACCACCGCCGUCACCGCACGUCGCUCGCUGUCCUCCAUGUCCCAAGCGAGCGCCUCCUCCUCUCGCACCUCCGCCGCCUCCUCCACCUCCUUGCUGCCGCCUCUGCCCACACCGCGCGAUCUGCUCGCACAUCUCGACGCCUACGUCGUGGGCCAGGCGGGCGCCAAGCGUGCGCUGUGCGUCGCCCUGCACAACCAUCUCGUGCGCCUGCGCGUCGAGGAGCAGGCCGCCGACGCGGCAGCGGCGGCGGCCGAGGCGGCGGCAAGGGUCGUCGCGCAACAACAACGGCAGCGCGCCGAGAUGGCACAGCAGCAGAACGCCGCGGCGCUCAAGGAGAGGGAGAUGCAGAGGGAGAGAGAGAGGGUGAUGGAGAGGGAAAGAGAGACGGAGAGGGAGAGGAGUGGACACUACGACAUUCUCUCCGACUGGGUGGGACAGAAGGCUGGCACGACGCAGCCGCAGGAGCGCGAGCGGCAAGGCAUGCUCACUGCGCAAGAGCGCGUAGAGUUCUUCAGUUCCGCAAUGGCACGAGCCAUGCGGCCUCCUGCCUCCAGCCUCCGUUCUUCAGCCUCUUCCGACGAGGAGGUGACGCCUCUCUCAGCUCCAUCUGCCGCUGCCGCACGUCCUUCUCGUCGCCGCGCCUCCGCGGCUCUCGCGGACGAAACGCCGCUGCCUCGGCCCAACGUGCUCCUUCUGGGGCCCAGCGGCUCCGGCAAGAGUCUUCUCUGUGCGACGCUCGCCAAAGGCCUCCAGCUGCCCUUUCUCCACGUCGACGCCACCCCGCUGACGCAGGCGGGCUACGUGGGCGAGGAUGCGGAGAACAUCGUGGCGCGCCUCUUGGCCGCUGCGGGCGGCGAUGCCAAGCGGGCGGGCAUGGGCAUCGUGGUGAUUGAUGAGGUGGACAAACUUGCGCGUCGCCCCGGCGACACUGCCACAAAAGACGUGUCGGGCGAAGGAGUGCAGCAGUCGCUCUUGCGCAUCCUCGAAGGCGCAGUCAUUGGCGUGCCGGACAAGCACAACGCUGGCGCUGGCCCUGCUGGCGGCGGCAAUACCGCACACGCCGCGGCGGGCGCAGCUGCGGCAGCAGGCAGAGAGGGCAAGAAGGAGGCAUGGUGGCCGUCGGAACGCGAGGGCAAGGCGACGACGGCUCAGGCCGAGCCGCGGCACGCCCUCGUGAAAGAGUACGAGGCCCUCUUCUCGGCGUACGGCGUCGAGCUGCGCAUCACCUCUCGCGCGCUGCGAGCAUUGGCAGCGCAAGCCGCACACAAGCGCACCGGCGCGCGGGCGCUGCGGCGGCUGCUGGAAGGCGUGCUCCUCGAGGCGCAGUUCAUCGCGCCAGGCAGUUCGACGCGCUUCGCGCUUGUGGAUGAACGAGCCGCGCGAGGGCUGGCACCUGUUCAUCUUUACUCGCGAGGAGGGAGGGGCGCCUUUGUUGCCGCGUGGGAAGAGGAGAAGGAUGCUCUUCCCUCGGCGCCGACUGCGACGCAAGAACGUGCCGCGCCGAUCAAAGGCGACAAGCAGCGGCCUACGCUCGCGGCGCUUCUAGGCGAGAAGCAGCGCGGGCAAGGCAUGGGCAUCUCGCCUGAAGCGCGCAGAGAGAGACAAGCCAUGCUGGCGGCGGCGGAGAAGGCGGCGGCUGCGCGAGGAGCGGCACGGCCGACUCGGCUGAGGCCCUUGGCGUGGAAGGGCAGGGAGGACGAGGCGGCAUUGAGACGAUGGACGCGCGCAAGACUCGUCAGGAGUAGUCGCGUGGGCAACCUUCGGCUAGUGGCGGAAUGAGAAAGACUUUCUCGCUCGAUGAACA